AUGUUCCACACGAGAACCUACGACGUCCUUCGAGACAUGCCCAAGGCCCCUUUUCGCGGGUCCUAUACCUACAACGUGCGGCUCGAAGGAGAUGACAAUGGGGUGGUGAUGAACCUUGGGGUCAUCAUGAAAUCCGAUGAUGACGAGAGACAACUUGUCGGUAUUGAUUUGGGAUGUUCCGGAAGCCGUAUAAUGGUUGUUUACUUUCCAGCUCACGGCUAUCCCUUCGAUGAUGAUGCCCCGGCAUAUGACCUGAAUACUAGAUGGCGCCAGUUUGAGCCCGUACCGCUCAAGUACGCGUUUGUCCUGCUCGCUAAAGAGCCUGAUGAGGCCGCCCCACGACAUCCGAUGGCGCAAGAGCCUGCUAUAUAUGACUCUCCGGAGUUUCGAAGCAAGCCCUACUCCGGUCUAGUGACUUUGUUCAGGAGCAUGCGCACAUGCAAAGACGCUUAUCUAACCGAGCGCUUGGGACGGUUAUUUCACUACAACCGAGCGAUGGACCAUAUAUGUGUUACUAUACCGGCACCUUGGAACUCUUCGUUCCAACAAGUUUACCUCAACGUGCUCGCCGAAGCGUUUAACAUCCCUCGCGAGACGGUCCAUGAACGCGUUACGUUUGUCACCGAAUCGGAUGCCUGGGCUCAUUAUUUUCUUGGCCCUCUACACGGAGGAGAUGGUUAUCGUAAUGAUGCGACGAGUGAAGGAGUUGUCCUCGUUCUAUGUUUUGGUGGUCACAUGAUGAACGGCUCGGUCUUUUGGCUUGGUCCCACCAACUGGCCCAGGAAUGGACCAGAAGAAAACGGCAGCAACCGAUUUUUCCGCCUCGGAGACUCAUUCGGAGCCCCUGGUGGUGAAGAGCUACUGGUGCAGUAUCUCAUCGAAUACGUGGAUGAUGUGUUCUCCACUCAAACUGGAAGAGCGUUAUUCCCAGCAGAGAAAGCUGACGUUCAUGAUCGUUGCAAGAGGUUCGCACGAGACCUGGGCCCUCACUUAAACAAUCCCAGUGGCAGCGUACGCUUGGAGAUUUCCAACGCGGCAUACAAUCACUUCUGGGAAUGCGCGUACCGUCAUCCGCUCAAAGUUGCAGCCGAACAGUUCGCGCUUCUCAGAAGAAUCAUGCGACACCGCAAGGUUGCCGGAAGUGUGAUGGUUUCAGGAGGAGGAUUGGGGCAUGAGCUUUACAAUUUUCCUCUAUUGCUUCGCCUGCAACAACUCGCCAAAGACGCUGGUCUCCCACGGCCUCAUUUCGAGCGGGACAUCCACAAUCAUGAACAAUCGUCAGCAACUAGGGGUGCAAUUACAAUGGGUGUCGGAAUCGGCGUGCAAAUAAAGCCGCACGGUGCCUUGAACAUCAUAGCCCAAGAAUACCGUCAAUACAAGUACACCAGACUCCGAUCCGAGUUCGAACGAACCCAUUUCAGCUUACUCUGCGACCCGCCUUAUCACAUUAAGCCGGAAUAUGCUGCUUCCGAGCAGUCGCACCAAGAUCCUAAACCCAAAAGCAAGGCAGAGAGGGCCCCGAUCGGUCGAUUCCGAUCGUACGUGUUGUUUGACGACCUUCCCAAGGCUCAAAAGCGCGAUAUGUACAAGUGCGAGGUCUCCAUGGAUGGCAGUGGAAAUAACACGUUCAUGAUGGUCAAGAUCCUCCAGACAGGACAUCUACCUCAAAGGACGACACACAUAACCAACCUUCAUCUCCGCCUUCGUUUUGAUCCAGGUCCGAGGCGUGCCGGGGCCAAUAUUGAGCCAGUCAAGGUCGAUGAAGAGGGGGAAAGAAUGGGAGACAGUGAUUGA